AUGCAUGAGGCUGACCAUGAGGUCCAUGAGAGCACCCUGGACGUGCGCAUUGCCGCCAUCUUCGCCAUCGCCGCCGGCGCGCUGCUGUGCGGCCUGCCGCCCCUGUUCCUGCGCGCGUUCCAGAGCCCCGACUCGCCGGUGGCGCGCGGCGCGCGCGCCUUCAGCGGAGGCAUCAUCCUGGCCCUGGCACUGAUCCACAUCGUCCCUGAGGCGGUCAUGGAGUUGUCCGAGGUUGUCAGCUACCCCAUUGGGGGCAUCACCGUUCUGGGCGGCAUCCUCGUGAUGAUCAUCCUGGAGAGCUCCCUCACUGCCCUUUGGUCACCCAAGGGUGACCAGGUACACAGCAACCACCACCACCAUAACGACAUGGAAGCUUCCAUCAAGGACACCGCUACCCACAAGGACACGGACGCCGCCGCCCCCGACGCUGCGGCCGCCCACCCGCCCGCCGCACACGCACACGCGUGCACGAGCAGCCUCACCGCGCAGCGCUGGCUGGGGCCUGGCGGCGCUGGGUCGGCCAUGGCCGGGGUGAGGGCGUACGUCACUGCUUACACAAUGGAGCUGGGCUGCAUCUUCCACAGUGUGAUCAUCGGUGUAGGUGUCGGUGUCAUCACCGAGGACCGGCACCUUGUUAUCGUGCUCCUGGUAGCCCUCGUCAUCCACCAGGGCCUGGAGGGCCUGUCCCUUGGCACCGUCCUCGCCCUCACCCCUUUCUCCAAGGUCAAGAAGGUCAUCAUGGUGGCCAUGUACGCGGUCACCACCAGCAUCGGCAUCGCCAUCGGCAUCGGGCUGGCCUCGACGUACGACCACAACAGCGUGGCGUCCAAGGUUGUGCAGGGCACGCUCAACGGCGUCUCCGGCGGCAUGCUCAUUUACAUCUCCCUGCUGCAGCUUAUUGCUGAGGAGUUCUCCCGCGCCGAUCUGCUCAGCCACACGCGGCUGCGCCUCGGCCUAACGUCGGGCCUGCUCUUGGGCGCCGCCUGCAUGGCCGUCCUCGCCAUCUGGUCGUGA